AUGAGUCGCCUACAACCUCGUAGCAGCUCGAACUUAGGAUGUACUGUGAAUCGAGAGGAUUUGAGAAAGAGUUUUUUGGAUGUUCCAAAAGAGGUAGGUUUUUUUUUAAAAAAUACUCUAAAAACAAACUAACAUAAAGAAUUUUCAGACAAUCGCAACUCCUGCAGAUCUUAAAAGAACAUUUGAUACGAUUAUCCCCAUAUUAUCAAAAUCAACAGAAGAUUGGACAAAAAGGAUGAAGGAAUUGAAGAGAAUUCGAUCGGCGAUCAUAAGUGCGUUAGAAAAUAUGGAACAAUCUCAAUUACUCGCUCAACUUGUUCGUUUAGUGGAUUGUCUAGAAAUGUCGGUGAGAGAUUUGCGUUCGCAAAUCGUCAGAGAAGCCGCGGUCACAUGUUCGUUUAUUGUGGAAAAAUUCGGCAAUGAUGUACAUCAAAUUGGAGAAGCUGUUUUGGCAGCGGCUAUGUCGCAAGUGGCGGUUAGCACCAAAAUUAUGGCGACUAGUGGAGCAGCAUUAUCUGCGUUUGUAGUUGAAUUUAUUCAAACCAAGCAAAUUUUCACGACGAUCACAUCUUUCUCCACAUCAAAGGACAAAAAUCAACGCAGACAACUUCAAAGCUUGUUAGAAAUCAUUUUGACGCAUUGGAAUGACAAAAUCAAGAAACCAUAUUUACGGCAAAUUUGCGAGAUGAUUAAAGCUGGUGUGAAUGACGCGGAUUCGGAGACAAGAACUGCGGGAAGAGCUGCAUUUGCGAAAUUGGAUGAAGCACAUCCGGAAGAAGCUGAACAAUUAUUCAAGACAUUUGAUCCAUCGAAACAGAAGAUGUUGAGAGCUGGAGAUGCGGCAUCUUCGAGCACUAGUUUGAAUAGUGAAAGAAGUUUGCCGAUUCGAUCGAAAUUGUCGGCUGGUGCGAGACCUGUGCCGAAUAUUAGUUCGAGUUAGUGGAAACACGAUUCCGUCGUCUAAAAUUGCCUCCUACCAUGAGUUAUGACGUGUCAAAAUUUCAAAAAAUCGAGACUUUGGAGGGCCUUCAGAAUUAUUCUAAUAGCAUAGGGUUGUUCAGGAAGGUUGAUUACUUAAAUAAACUUCAUGUUUUCAAUUUUUGAUCAAUUUUGAAAAGAUUUUUUUGUUCGGUGAAAAAAGGUACGAAAAUCCAGAAGAUUUUUCAAAAAAAUUUGAAAUCUGCAAUUUUUCGGUGAAAAAAGGGUCAUAUAGUUGCAGAUUUCAAACUUUUCUGAAAAAUCUUCUGGAUUUUUGUACCUUUUUUCACCGAACAAAAAAAUCUUUUCAAAAUUGAUCAAAAAUUGAAAACAUAAAUUUUACUUGUGUAAUCGUCCUUCCUGAACAACCAACCCUAUGCUAUUAGAAUCAUUUUGAAGUCAACCCUCCAAAGUCCCGAUUUUUCGAAAUUUUGCCACGUCAUAACUCAUAUUAGGAGUUGAGUUCUGCAAUUUUAGUUAGCGAAAUCGUGUCGAAAACUACUAGAAAACAUAUAUUUCAUUAAAAAUUCCAGAAUUUCUGGCUCAAAGAAGUGCCUCUGCCAUCGACACCAAACAAAUAUCAAUGCGCGGUCCACACACUUCAACUCCGGGAGCUCGUCCAACAACAACAAUGAGAAACAUGAACAAAGUGGACACAUCACCAGGUGGAUCCAAAUUCACUAGACCAGCUUUUGGUAUGGCUCGAACGAAUUCGAAUCUUCGCGCAAAAGCACCAAUCGCAUCACAACGUGGGUUUUGAGCUCAUUUUCAUAUAGGAAAACCCUAUAUAUUUUCAGCCGGAUCUCGAAACGCUUCUCCACCUCGUCGAACAUCAACAACAGCUUCCGAAAUCCAACGUGUCAAGUCGAAUUUGGGAAACAGCUCGUUUGUCGCUUCGUUGACUCAAGAACAGGCGGCCAAUUUGCAAAAUGCUAUGAACUCUGUUAGAGAUCAAUUGGUAAGUGUUUCCCGCCGAAUUUCGUCUCAAAAUCUCUCGUUUUUCUAGCGCCAACCAUCGAAAAACGACGAUGACGAUUUCCUUUUGCCAAAACGUCCGAUCAAAACGACUCCACAAAAAAGUGCGUUGGAUAUUUCGCGAGUUGAAUCGGUUAUUCGAGCGUGUGCUUCAUCGUCGCAAAAUGAGAAGCGAGAGGGUAUUAAAAUGUUGACCACUGUUGUAUCGUAAGUUUAUUUCAUGAUUUUUUUUCAGCAAGUUAGGGGAAAUAUUGGGGUUUUGGGUUAUUUAUUGGAUAGACAGGUCUAAGAGGAACCGAAUGAUAUAAAUUUUUAUGAUUUUACGUUAUCCAUAAGUGAUUUAGCGAUUUUUAAUCGUUAAAUCGCCCGACAACGCAGAAAUAAUCAUUUUAUAAAAUAAAAUUUUAUCACCUGAAUGUAGUAGUUUCGACUUUAAAAAGCCACAAAAUUGCUCUGUGAGCUCAAGAAAAAAUCGCAAAAACUCAGAUUUUUAAAUUUUUUCUUGGGCUCAUGGAGCAUUUUUGUGGCUUUUAAAGUUGAAACUACUACAUUCAGGCGAUGAAAUUUUAUUUUAUAAAAUGAUUAUUUCUGCGUUUCCGGGCCAUUUAACGAAUUAAAAUCGAUAAAUCACUUAUGGAUAACGUAAAGUCAUAAAAAUUUAUAUAAUUCGGUUUGUCUUAGACCUGUCUUUCCCAAUAUUUCCCCUAACUUGCUAAAAAAAAUCUGGAUUUCUUCAGAUUAACAAUUUAAUUAUUCCAGAGAUCCUACACUCACCGAUAUUGAGAUCAAAAACGUUGGAAAUACCUUGAAUCGUCUUCUCGGUGAUGUUGCAAAUAAUAUGGUUCUCGAAUCGAUCGCCAUUUUUGUUCAAACUCAUCAUUCACGCCUGGGAGAUUUGUUGAAAGAAACUUUGAAGAAGUUGUUCACCAAGAAGGGAAGCGAAUCAAUGCCGAAUAUUCGAAAACAGAUUGCGAAGACUCUCGAAGCGAUUUUGGUAUCAAUGGAUCCGAAUUUGCAAUUGAAAUCUAUUAGCACUCUGGUUUUCGAUCCAAUAACUCUUCUUCCACCGAAAGCACGAGUGGCUGCAUUGGAAUAUUUGAGCGAAUUGUUGAAGAAUCAUAUGGAACGGGGAAGUUUGUUCAAUACGAAAGAAACGAAACAAAUGAUCAUGAAAAUGUUCUCCUGGAUGAAUGACUCGAAAAUCGGGACAACCAUCAUUCCGCACGCUGAAAAUGUGCUUUGCGCCUUUUUCGCCGUGAAUUCUGCGGAAUUUUCGGCGCUUUUCAGCGAUUUCAAUCCGGAUUAUCGAAAUUGGGCGUAUCAGAUUUUGCAAUCUAAGGGACAACAAGUAGGAAAUGGGGGAAUUGCUGAAGCAGAAGAAGAGGAGGCUUGUGUUAGAACAACGAUUUCGAAUACCGCCGCACAAAUUGAGGAUUUUGUGUCGAAUCGAAGAACGAUGUUGUCGCCAAGAGCAUCGUCGUCGCCUGUGCCGAAAUUGGCUUCGCUGGGACCUUUGCAGUCUCUGGAUUCGACUUUGAAUGCAAAUACGAAUGGAGUUGAUCUUGUUGAUAAUGGAUUGGGGUUGAAUGAAUCUUUUGAUCGCUUGAAGGUGGGUUUCGGGAGAUUUUAGGAGAAAAUCUUUUUUUUUGACAAAUUUCUUGAGAUUCCGGGAGCCUGCCCAAAAUUUGGUGCAUUUUUGACCAAACAAAUUCAAAAUUUGGCCAUUUUUUCAACAAUUUUUGAGCAAUUUGCCGUUUUGGCCAAUUUCUGAUCAAUUUUUUGACCAAAAAAAAAAAGAAUUUGUGCAUUUUUGCUCAAAAAUUGGAACAGAAAUUUGAGUAAAAAUUAUUCAGGAAUCCUGAUGCAGAUUAAUAUUUUUUAAUAAAAUGGAAUAAAAACAUUUUUUCCUUUUGAGAAGAGACAACGUGAAAUUGAGAGAGCGCAGACAGAAAAUUGGGUUUUUUGUUUGAAAAACGCUUUCUAUACUCAAAAAUAAUGUUUUUAUUACAAAAUAUCAAUCUGAAUGAGAAUUCCUGAAUUCUUUUGACUUAAAAAUUGUUUAAACUCAAUUUUGGUUCAAAAUUUAAUUCAAGCUGAAAAAAAUAUUAAAAAAAAACAUUUUUCAUUUUAUUACAAAAUAUUAAUCUGCAUUAGGAUUCCUGAAUAGUUUUGAAUCAAAAAUUGAAGAAAACUCAAAUUUUUUCAAAAUUUAAGAUUCAAGUCGAAAAAAUAAUAAAAAACAAAACAUUUCGAUUCAGAAAAUGUCGAAAAACUAUAUUUUUUCCUAUUUUUUGUCUUUUUUUUUUCUUUUUGUGUGGAAAAAAUAAGAAAAAUAUAGUUUUUUGACAUUUGCUGAAUCGAAAUUUGUUGUAAAAAAAAUGUUUUUUUAUUAUUUUUUUCAAUUUUUCUUGAAGAAAUCUUAAUUUUGGUUUUAAAAAAUCAAUAAAUUCCAGCUCAAUUCAACUCAUCAUUUGGCUGACGACGUCAACGAGCAAAACACAUUUGUGCAAGCAAAAAUCAAUCAAAUGCACAAUUCAUCAAAUCAAUCAGAACAACACGAAGGUUUAACCGCAAUCCACACAAUGUUAUGCGAAGGAUCAUUCACUCUUUGGGAACAAAACUUUGCCAAACUCCUUCUUGCCGUCUUCGAUGUUUUGUCGAAAUCAAAUUCGGACCUCAACAAGAAAUUGGCGCUGCGAGUUUUGAUGAAAAUGUGUGUUUGUCAAGCGGCCAGAUUGUUUGAUUCGACUGAAAUGGCGAUUUGUAAGGUGAUUGAUGCGGCUGUGGAUUCGACAGAUGGCACGAUGAAUGUAACUGCGGAUGAUUGUUUGAAAACGUUGGCAACACAUUUACCAUUGGCGAAGAUUGUGAAUAUCGCGAAGUUGAUUUUGAGCCAGCAAGAAUUGGAAGAUUCACGAGCAUCUUUGGUGUUGAAAAUGGUGACAAGAUUGUUUGAAGGAUUGGAGGCCGAUGAAUUAUCGCCGAUUUUGGAUGAUAUUGCGCCGGUGGUUGUGUUGGCUUAUAAUUCACCAUCUACACCGGUUCGAAAAGCGUCGGUUUAUUGUUUGGUGUCAAUGAUGAAUAAAUUGGGAAAACCGGCGAUGCAGAAACAUUUGGCACAAUUGCCGCAUACUAAGGUGAGCAAUUUUCGAGAUAAAAAUUGCAUUUUAUAGGAGAUUUAUGUUAUUUUUGACCUGCUGAUCACGAAAAAUUGCAGAACUCAAAAUUAGUUAUGACGUGGCGAAAUUGGGAACUCAUGUUAGGAGUUCUGCAAUUUUAGAGAUCGUGAUCAGAAGAACGAAAACUACUUUUUUAUUAAAAAUCUUAAUUUUGAGCAUUUAGGGCGUUUCUGAAAAUUUGAAUUUCCGAAAAAUCGCACCAAAUUCUCAAUAGAACGCAUUUGCAAUUUCUAGAACUCAAAUUCGAAUUUUCCAUGUUCCCAGGGUCAAAUUUGGCGGGAAAUUUGAAUUUUCACAGUUUCGACCCGUUUUAGUUCAAAAUUUGGUCAAAAAUCAGAAUUUGAGCAUAUUUUGCUCCUCUAAAAAUUUGAAUUUCCAAAAAAUUUCGCCAAAUUCUCAAUGGAGCGCAUUUGCAAAUUUUUGAGUUAACAUUUGAAUUUUUCAUGUUCCCAGGGUCAAAUUUGACGGGAAAUUUGAAUUUUCAUAGUUUUUCGGGUGAGUGCACUCUAUUGAUAACUUCAUUUUCAGCUUUAUUCUUUUCUUUGUUCGCUGGGGCGCAUUUGCUAUUUUAUAGGUCAAUUUCUGACCAAAUUUUAAAUUAAAAAAGCCAAAAAAAAAUUAUAUAUCAGAUUUUCAUGAAAAUUAUUUUGAAAUCCAGUUUUGCCACGUCAUAGCUCAUUUUAGAGAUCAGAAGAUCGAAAAUAACUUCAAAAUCCCCUGAAUUUUUCCAGCUCAAUUUAUUGCAAGUCUACGUCAAUCGAGCAAUGUCAUCAAGUGCUCAUUCACACGUCUAAGCAGAAGCAGCAGCAGCUCAAAAUUUGGCCAAUGGACCUUUUAAAUUUUUUUGUUUUCUCCUCCCCGUCCCGGUUUCUUUAUAAUAAUGCAUAAAAAGUUGUGAAAAUCGGGUCACAUGCAUUAUUUUUUGUUUUUUCCCCCGAAAUUUUCUUCUGUCAAAUAGCCAACCCCACUAAUUCGUGUACAAUAAUUUAUUAUACAUUUUUUAACCAAUGUUUUUUUAUUCAAUUUUUUUUGCUUGGUUUCAUUUCUAACAUGAACAUUUGAUUUUUCUUUUGGACAAUUUGAAUUUUGGGAUGAUUCAAAGUUUUGCGCGACUUUUUAUAUUUUUGUAAUUAGAUUUGAUUGAAGUUAGCCUAAAUUCUUAAAAUUUGAGGAUUUUCUGAAUUUUUAUUUAAGUUUGCCUAAAUCCUUUCAUUCUUCUGUUUUUGGUGAAUUCUAAGCUUCUGGAGAAUUUUUUGAUGAAUUUUGAGGUUCUGAAAAUUUUUUUAUUGAAUUUUGAGCUUCUAGAGAAUUUUUUUGGUGAAUUUUGAGCUUCUGGAAAAUUUUUUGAUGAAUUUUAAGCUUCUAGAGCAAAAAAUGCACAAUUUCCAUGCUCCAGACCUAAUUUUCAUUAUUUUCAAGGUCCUGGAGCUCAUUUUCAGCAAAAAAUUAGCUCUAGAAGCUCAUUUUCAGCUAAAAUUAGCUCCAGAAGCUCAUUUUCAGCUAAAAUUAGCUCCAGAAGCUCAUUUUCAGCCAAAAUUAGCUCUAGAAGCACAUUUUCAGCCAAAAUUAGCUCUAGAAGCUCAUUUUCAGCUAAAAUUAGGUCUAGAAGCUCAUUUUCAGCUAAAAUUAGCUCCAGAAGCUCAUUUUCAGCUAAAAUUAGCUCCAGAAGCUCAUAUUCAGCCAAAAUUAGCUCUAGAAGCACAAUUUUCAUCAUUUCCAAGGUCGUGGAGCUGAUUUCCAGCUUCCGGAGAAAAUUCUUACAAUUUAAAUUUUUCUCUAACCUAAACUUAGACUAAAUUCCUGCAACCCAAAUAAAUAAUCCUAAACAUCUGUUUUUACCUCUGCCUCUUUCUUCCCCCUUUUUUUAUGACAUCACACAUGUGUUGCUAUUUGCGCGCGUCCUUUUGUCCCUUUUCUUUUUUUUGUUGUUGCCAAACCAAAAAUUUGCAUUUUUCGAAGAAAAGAUUUAAUCGGGAGGGUAUUAUUACCCCCUGCUGGUUUGAUCCGAUGGAAAAUCGAUUUUUUCUUGAUUUUCUGAGAAAAUUUUACUUUAUUUCUGUUAAAUCAUGCUAAAUUAUGGAGUGGUGCCGAAAUUUCCAAAUUUUGAGAACAGGUAAAAUUUUCCGCAAGCUUCCGCGCAGCGGCACAAUCUUCCGCGAACGCGGAAACCUUGCUCUAGUUUCACGUCAUACCUUCCGCGUCUGUAUUUAAAAUCUCGAUUUUCAUUAUCAAAAAUCUUUCAAACCAGCAAAUCUGCUCUAUUGAUAACCCUUGUUUUUAUAUUUUUUCGUAUUUUUUCAUUUCAUCUCCCAAUUUUCCAGGUAAAAAUGGUGAAAACCAACACAAAAGCUGGCGAAAAUCCAGAAGCCACCACCACGCGAAAAUCGAAGCGAAAGAUGAAUUUCAAACAGGCGCAAGAGGUUUAUCUGAAAUUGAAAGAGGAAAAAGAAGUGGAGAGACAGAAGGAAAGAGAGGAGAAGGAGAAAAGGUUGGCGGGAAAUUUUUUGAUUUCUGAAUUUUGUUCACAAUUUCUCUUUUCUAGAAAUCAAGCCAUCGAAAAACACAACAAAAACAAGAAGAAAAUGAAUGUGGCACUGAAAAAGAAGAAUAAAAAAGGACAACCGAAUUUGAAUGCUCAGGUUAGCCAGAUUUUCCUCUUCUCACAUGGGAACCUUUUUAAAUUUUGUCCAGAGACAGCUUUUGGGGUCAUAAUAACACCCUAAAAAUUUAGGGACCACUGAGCCAAGUUCUGGGCUCUCAAAAGUACAAAAAUAUCCAAAAUUGCUCCAUUUCAAAAUAAUUUUUAUAAGAAAUGACGUUUACUAAAAGUACAUCAAUAAAAAACAUUUUUUCGAAAAAUUUUAAAGUUUUUCAUUUUUCGCCUGAAAAUUCAUAAAAUUUUUAUCUGAAAAAUUGAUUUAUUGAUGCUUUUUGGGUAAAUCGACCACGCUGAUCAUCAUCUGCUACUCAGUUCAAUUUUUGAGAGCCCAGAACUCGGCUCAGAGGUUCACUAAAUUUUUAGGGAUCCUAAAAGAUGUCUCUGGAAAAAAUUACAUCAAGAUUUGAAGUGUUGACUGAAAAAGAUUCCCUUGUCAAUUUUUUCAUCAUUUUUCUAUUUCAGGUCGAAGUUUUAUUGGAAAGGAUACAAAAACGAGUUGGAAAUGAUGAUAAAAAGUAG